AUGAAAAUAAACUAUAAAAAGGUUACCCAUGUACUGUUCGAUUUGGAUGGAUUAUUAAUAGAUUCAGAAAAAUUAUAUACAGAAGCUUUUACAAAAGUAUGUGCCAAAUAUGGAAAAACAUUUACAUGGGAAUUAAAAAAAAGUAUCCUAGGCUUUCAAGGACAUGAGUGUGCUGAAAAGAUUAUCGAAUCUGUGAAUCUUCCCACAACUGUGGAAAGUUUUUUGGAGGAAUGUAAAAUGGAAUAUGAAGUGCUUUUUCAAAAUGUUUCCUUAAUGCCUGGAGCAAAGAACACAGAUCCUGAAGUAACAAAAGGAAAACCUGAUCCAGCAAUAUUUUUAGUAUGUGCAUCAAAAUUUGCUGAUAAACCAAAGCCCGAGAAUUGUUUGGUGUUUGAAGAUGCUGUUAAUGGGGUAAAAGCUGCAUGUGCUGCAAAUAUGCAAGUUGUAAUAGUGCCGGAUCCACGCAUUGGACCUGAUCAACUGGCAGAUGCAACACUAAUUCUACAGUCAUUGGAAGAAUUCCAACCUGAGGGC